AGCGAGCCUAGCUCUCCCAAAACGCGCUGGCGGCGCUUCUACAGCUUCGCGGCAAUCCAGAACAAGCGUACAGCCUCUCCAGCUUGUGGGGAAGCGCUGCGCCGAGUCCCAAAAGCCACCGCUACGCGUGGGCAAAAGUAGCUUGUAGGGAGAGCAGCGGAUCGCGAGGGCCGCCACGCGCCAGCAGCCGAGCAAAAGAGCCGCGGAUCUCGCGGAUAGUACUACACACGCUACGCGCCCAACAUGCGAACACUUCUACUACUAACGGCGGCGACGGCCCUCGUGCCGCCGCACACAACAAUACGCCCACCGUCGAGCGUGGGGAUGACGGCGGGCGGCCUCGACGGGACGAAGAUUUUUGAAGCGCUGGAGUGCUUCUCGCAGCACUCGGGGUUGUGCGUGGUGGUCAAGUACGGCGGCCACGCGAUGUCGGAUGAACGGGCCGCCGAGUGCUUCGCGCAGGACAUCGUAUUGAUGCAGAAGCUAGGUGUCAGACCAGUAGUGGUCCACGGCGGCGGCCCGCAGAUCGGCGACAUGCUCAAAAGAUUAAACACGACGUCGCAAUUCAUCGAUGGAUUGCGGGUGACCGACGCCGCGACCGUGAAGGUGUCGGAGAUGGUCCUGUGCGGGUCGAUCAACAAGCAGAUUUCUGCCGCGAUUUCUCGCCUAGGUGGGCGCGCGUUAGGCUUGUCGGGCAAGGACGACUCCUUAAUCGUCGCGGACAAGCUCGUCAAGGAGCGCCUGAACGAGAAGGGCAACGUCGUCGAGAUCGUGGACCUGGGCUUCGUCGGCGAGCCGGCCGAGGUCAACGCGAAGCUCCUCAACGACGUGCUAGAUGACGGCCGCAUACCGGUGGUAGCGCCGAUCGCGGCGGGCCGGAACGGCGAGACGUUCUCGGUGAACGCGGACACGGCGGCGGGCGCCGUCGCCGAGGCAUUGAAGGCGUCGCGCCUCCUCCUCCUCACGGACGUGACGGGCGUCCUCGACGCGAACAUGGAGCUCAUCCAGCGCAUCACGCCGAGCUCGGCCGACGCGCUCGUCAAGGAGGGCAUCAUCAAGGGCGGCAUGAUCCCGAAGCUCCAGACGGCGGUGCAGGCCGUGAACAACGGCUGCGGCGGCGCGGCGAUCGUCGACGGGCGCAUCGACCACGCCGUCCUCGAGGAGCUGUUUUCCGACGAGGGCGCGGGCACGCUCGUCGUCGCCGACGACGAGGACGAGGAGUAGAUUUGGGUAACAUAUUAUUCAC